GACAGCAUACACACGAUAUUAACCACGACGAUGACGACCCUCGCGACGUCGUUUGUCGCGAUCGUCGCGGUCCUCAACGGCAUUAUUUUACUCGGCUCGAUUUCACCCGUCUCGGCCAUUCGGAGUUUAUCGUUCAAACGCGAGCUCGGCAAAGAUUUCCUACUGUUCAGUCCGAGUGCCGUCAAAAAUAGCACCGUCUAUUACGGCGUGUGUGACGGGGACGGCAAGUACGAAGAUAAAAGUCGACUAGAUUGUGUGCUGUACCGCGUGAAGGGAGAUUUCUCGGGUGACACGAAGGAAGACAAGUGCGACCUUACGAUCCAGUGCGAGUUCCGCGGCAUACUCAUAACGGAAUUGAUUAAAAUCGAUCCGCUUGGCAGAGAUCGAGCGAUUGUGCGUUGGGUCGAGAGAGUAGGAUGGAAGAAACCGUUCAAACAUAGAUUCCGACUCAGCAUCGUCGACUUUUCUAAUUGCAAAGUCACAACGACCAGUGCCUCGCAAGAUCUCGACCGCUUGAUGGAAGGACACAUUAUCGAUGAACGCUCACGGUCGGAAGUUGUGAAAGGCAUUGACAACGUCAAUUUUAAAUAUGAUGAUCCGGCGCGGUUUGAUUACAACUGGCCGAUGUAUCAGAAAGGAGAAGAUGAUUUUGAAAUUGUGUCAAUUCUCUACGGUGAUGAGUUAGUCUCGAAUGAAUCGUCAAUCGAUUACGUGGAAGUUCUUACAGCAUCGAUCGGUGCCGACGGAGUUGUUGCAAAGGUCGACACGUUGCUCCCUCGCACUUUUCCCCCUCCCACUCUGCUUAUUUAUCCAUUGUCGAAGGACCAAGGCUAUUUGUAUAUAACUACGAGCGAAUCCCCGGAAGAUUUAAGAUGUUGUAACAACAUGACUGUGGCACUUAUCCAGCCCGACGGUCAAAGGCGUAAUUUGACUAGCAUCCAGAACGUUUUCCGCGUAGGUUACGCCUCGGUCUCGUUGGCCAACGGAAUGAUCGGCAUAUGCGUUCCGCAGAACUACACGACGACGCAAUGCACGCAGUUCAGGCUCGACGACCAAGAGAUCAAAUGGUUUCCGGUCGGCCUCUAUACAGAAAAUCCAUACUACAUUUCUGGGAAUAGACGAGACAUCUACAACUUGCCCCGAGGCGAAGGAUUUCUAACUAAAAACGCUCGCGACAUUUUUAAACUUACUGACCCGUAUCUGCUGAAAAUAGGUCUGGAUGGAAAAGUCAAACAAUUAUUAUACCCCGAAAUAUACUGUAAGGGAGACGACUGGGAGCCGUUGAAAGAUAAUAUUGAAGCCGCAUUCAAUAAAAUUUUCGAAGACGAUCGGGGUAAUUAUUGUCUUAGCACUACUUGCCUGCUAUAUGACUACGAAAGCUACAAAAGACAAAAUCCUCAUUAUGUAAAUCUACAAUCGACGUGUUUCGAACCGAAAGAUUUUGACUAUGGUGUAAAGUAUGAGCCGAUCGCAAAAUACGAGAAUGGUUACCCAAGAAAAGGUGAAGAACUAGACGAUGGCCUAAUCAACUAUGAUCUUCUGAUCAAGUAUUGUAAAGAUUGUGAAUGAUCAUAUUAUUUACAAUUCAGUUACCGAUUUAUCUGUUUACACAUUUUUCUUACUUCAUUUCAAAAAACUUUAAAUUCUUAUUUUUAAUGAAACUGUUCGAAGAAUACAUGUGAGUUUUUUCAGAUUGUUUGAAAAUAUUUUAGGUUUUUCAAUGUCUGGUCCUUUAUAAAUAAAAUAUAACAAAACAUUUUGUA